CUCCUUCUCCAGCUCGGUUUCCCUCUGCAACAGCUGCGCAAGUUAACUCUUCUGCAAGAUAUCUUGCUGCACGAGCUUCUCGCGCUGCUCCCGCAUGUUCAGGCGCUCGAGCAUUUGUCAAUCUACUCCAUCCUACGCGUGCGGGACGAUAUCUCCGGCGACAGGCACAUCAUGCAGUCCAUGUCCACGUUGUCGCUUUGUGGGAAGGGCAGCAGUCUUAUUCUGCCGCACGUAUUCCUGCCGCGCUUAACAAUGCUCAGUAUCUCUACCUUUGAAGACAUUGACGCAGAAGUACUCGUUCGCCCUGGCAUCCUCCGCUCCUUGUCUAAUCUGGCAACACUGGUGGUACACCUCACUUACUACAACGAUCUGUCCUUCCUCGCGCUCUUGCGCGCCCCUGACAUCAAUAUGUUAGCGGUCAAGCAUCUGAUUGUGACGUUGGCCAAUAUGUCCGCCCAGACCAGACAGGAGGUCGUCGCCGCCUUCUCCCGCCACGACUUCCUCCCCGACCUUGUGUCCUUGACGCUGUUCAUUCCCUCCGCCGUCCCCUCCAGCACUAUCCGCCCUUUCGUCGAGGGACUCGGCCAGCGGGUUGCGGACACGGUCGUUCCGCGCAGUGUCCCGUUCAGAAGGCUUGUUGUAGAGUCCCAGAUUUCGCCGAAUGCGAUUUCCAUCGAUGAUGCGCGGGAGCUGGGCGCUCUGCAGCAAAGAUUGCAAGAAAUGACAUGA